AACAAAACCCUCGCCGCGACAGGGAUAGAAAAGAUAGUCGUCUAUUCCUCGGCCCUCCAUGGCCGCCGUGGCUAGGUCUGUCCUUCGCUCGCAUUCGCUCCGGGCCGGGGCGGCGCGGGUCGCCGCCGAGUCCGCUGCGGCCUCGCGCCCUCUACUUCGCGGUAUCCCCAAGAUGAGGCCGGCUGUCGCCGCUCGCUUCCUCAGGUCUCCUGUCGAGGCGAGCUUCUGCGUGGAGACGCUGAUGCCGAUGCACAGCGCAACGGCCUCGGCGCUGAUGACAUCGUUGCUCAGCGUUUCGCGUAGAGGAUACGGGUGGCUUUCUGAAGGACGAGAUGAAACUAGAUGAAGGCCAAACACCAAAAGCUGGCAGUGAAGAUGCAUGAUGAUGUAUCAGGUGGACUCGAGCAAUGUUUUGGAUCAGACUUCUGUACUGCUUCGACAAUGAUACUUAGCUAUCAUAUUGAAGGAACUGGCUUAUGUAGUUUUGUGAUUUUUCUGCUAGAUGAACCAGAAAGGUUAUUUGUUCUUGCUUUUGCCCCAUUGUUUUGCUCAUGCUCCAUGAAAUGCUGAAGCUGUAUGGAACAUUUUUGAGGGACUGGAUGCCAACAAAACAUGGAAAAUAUAUGCUCUCAAGUUGUUAGCAUCUUAUUAGUUUGA